AUGGCAACCAACGGCACGGCGGCGAACCGCUUCCUCAUCUGGGGUGGCAAGGGUUGGGUCGCCGGCCACCUCGAGGCCAUCCUGAAGAGCCAAGGCAAGGAGGUCUUCACCACCACCGUCCGCAUGGAGGACCGAGAAAGCGUCAAGGCCGAGCUCGAGAAGAUCAAGCCCACCCAUGUCCUCAACUGUGCUGGAAGCACCGGCCGUCCCAACGUCGACUGGUGCGAGGACCACAAGGAGGAGACGAUGCGUUCCAACGUCAUUGGAACUCUGAACCUGACCGACUGCUGCUUCCAGGCUGGCGUCCACAUCACCGUCUUCGCCACCGGCUGCAUCUACCACUAUGAUGAUACCCACCCUAUCGGUGGCAAGGGGUACACUGAGACGGACCCGGCCAACUUCCAGGGCAGCUUCUACUCGGAGACCAAGGGCCAUGUCGAGGAGGUCAUGAAAUUCUACACAAACUGCCUCAUCCUCCGCCUGCGCAUGCCGGUCUCGGACGACCUGCACUCGCGCAACUUCGUCACCAAGAUCAGCAAGUACGACCGCGUGGUGGACAUACCCAACAGCAACACGAUCCUGACGGACCUGCUGCCGGCGUCGGUGCUGAUGGCCGAGCACAAGGACACGGGCGUCUACAACUUCACCAACCCGGGCGCCAUCAGCCACAACGAGGUGCUGUCGCUGUUCAAGGAGAUCGUGCGCCCCGACUUCACGUGGAAGAACUUCACCGUCGAGGAGCAGGCCAAGGUCAUCAAGGCCGGCCGCAGCAACUGCAUGCUCGACACCACCAAGCUGGAGAAGAAGCUGAAGGAGUACGGCUACGAGGUGCCCGAGGUCCACGUGGCUUACCGCAAGUGCUUUGAGCGGAUGAAGGCUGGAGGUACCAAAUAG